AUGAGGACGGACACUAUCCUAUCGAUUUCUAGAGGCAGUGUGGAAUGCACAUUCAAACCAAUUCGGGCAUGGGACAGGGUCACAUCACCGGUUCACUCACACCACAACGACCAUGUAGCAGACAACGAGGUGAUGGCAUCCAAGCCGUACGGCAUCAAGGAGGACAUUGAUGAGACCUUGAACAUUGACACCCACGAUCUCUACAUUGACAUGCAAGAACGACAAUUGGAUUUCGUUUCACCCUCAGCCUACUCCCCCAAUGCAUCGUACUUGCCCUACAGACGAUAUUUGGUGGACUGGAUGAGUGAUGUAGGCGAGCAGUGCCGUCUGCACAACUCGACUGUCCACGUUAGCGUCUUGUUCUUGGACAAAAUUUUCCGGUCCAGGGAUAUCCCGAGAGGACAGUGGCAGCUCCUUGCCACGGCGUGCAUCAGCUUGGCUGCCAAGUACGAGGAGGCCGAAGAGCACUGUCCGCAGAUUCCUGACUUGUUGCAUUUGACCAAGCUGAACAAUGCGGGGCAUUCAUCGCUGUCCUUUCGGCAAGGGGAACUAGAGGUUCUUCGGUACCUAGGUUGGAGACUACGCGCCAUUCCGGCCAUUCACGUAGUGGGAUACUAUCUAUCCAAGGGGGCUACCUUUGUGGACGACACGUGGCAAGGACGUGCUUUGAUUGAGAAGAUCCCCAAGUAUGUCAAGAAGUAUGCGGAUUUCUUUUGCAACCUCACAUUGCAGGAGUACUCCUUCCAGCAGUACCUCCCGAGCCACUUGGCAGCUGCUAUUCUCUAUGCCUCUCGGGUUGCUCUGCAACUGGAACCCAAGUGGAGACCCGAGUUGACUCGCCUUACGGGAUACCAGGAAAGCCAGAUUAUGGAAUGCUUCCACCAUGUUUGGUCGUACUACGAAGAACAAUUCCCUGGACACGGUUCUCGCUCAAUUUCGCCACGCAGUGUUACCAACAGCGACGUAUUCCCUUGA